AUGGCGUCAAGUAGCUUUACCGUUGGCGCCGUGCGGCACGACUCUAAUAGUGCCAUCGCCACCCCUCGCCGUGAUUCGCGGAACGUUAAGGCUUUGUUCGUCACUUGUCUCUCGAAUAAGGCCGGAUCCCCUCACCUCCUCUCCUCUCCGCGCUCGCCGCUCGUUACAUGCGUCCGUCGAUCGUCCUCACCGUUCGAAUCUAAUUCUAGAUCUGCACACUCGAACCGCGUCUCCUGGCGGACUUUCGUCGGCUUGAAAUCACGGGAGCGAGGGGAAGGGGAAGGGAAGGGGGGAGGGGGGAUGGAGCUGGUAAUUUCCGCCACAGAGAACCACCACAGCAGGUUGAAAAAGCGGGCGCGCGGAAGAUUCCGCCAGCCGGGGGCAGGCGCAACCGAGGGCGCAGGGAGUUCACCUUACCGGGGGGGGUUCCGCGCAAGAGGUGGGAUGCAAGACGAUGCAUGGCAAGCGGGGGGAUGGGGUGAAGAGAGCCGCAGCAGCGGAAGCAGCGGAAGCGGGACUUUUGGCGGUCUUCGCGACCCCCUGCAGUCGUUAAGCGUCGCGCGCCCAUCGUCCGCGGAGUCGGACUCUCUCCCCGCGGACGUGCGCGACAGGGCGCUCUUCGCGGUAGAGGCUCUCGUGGCGGAACCCGGGCGGGCGGCAGGGGGAAAUCAAGGCGGCGGAGGCAGAAGGGAUAGGUACGGGCGGGUGACUGUGGGUGACGUGGCGGCGCGCAGCGGAUUGAAAGUAGGUGACGCGGAAAAGGCGCUAAAGGCUUUUGCGGCGGAUGGGGAAGGGUUCCUAGAGGUAUCGGACGAGGGCGACGUGCUGUACGUGCUGCCUCGCAACCUGCGCGCGCUCAUCGCGCAGCGCUCGCUGCGCAUGCGCCUCGCCCCCAUGGCGGCGCAGGCCAAGGCAGCAGCAGGGUAUGUGAUGCGAGUGUCGUUCGGCACGGCCCUGGUGGCAUCAGUGGUGGUCGUCUACACAUCCAUCUUCGUCCUCAUGACCUCCGCACAGGGGGAUAGCGAUGAGAGGAGGGGGAGGGGGAGAGGCCACUACCACCGUUACCGGGGCCCAACCUUCUUUUUCAACAUUGCGGAUCUACUCUGGUACUGGGACCCUGGGUACCACCGCCGCGUGCGCAGCGAGUUGCAGCAGCGGGAGAUGAGCUUCCUUGAAUCCGUGUUCUCCUUUGUGUUCGGCGAUGGAGACCCCAACGAUGGCAGGGAGCAGCUCAGAUGGAGACUGAUAGGGGAGGUGAUCAGCAGCAGGGGCGGGGUGGUGGCAGCGCAGGAGAUUGCACCGUACCUUGACCUACCAGAGGACCUGUCAAACGAGGCCUACAUGCUGCCGGUGCUACAGCGAUUCCAAGGCACGCCCUCUGUCGACGACCAGGGCCACAUAUUCUAUGCCUUUCCGCUGCUCCAGCGCACAGCAGAGCAGCACGACACCCGCACUCCCUCCUACUCCAACUCUCGUGUGCCCGCUCCUAUCUUCGUUGAAAACGCCUGGUCCUUCAGUGACGCCCCCCCCACGAAGCGAGUGUUGGCAGUGGGGCUGGGAAUCAUCAAUGUGGUCGGCGUUCUAAUACUCUCCUCCAUGCUCAGGAACCCAGCCGUUAUUCGGAAGGCAGGGCUCCCCCUAGUUGCCACAAUACAGCGCCUCAUGCCUGCACUGCAGGCAUAUUCUGUGGCAUUCUUUGUCAUUCCCUUGUGCCGCUGGGCAUUCCUCAGCUCCACCAACUCAGCUAUUGAGACUCGCAACCAGAGGAGAAGAGAGAGCGCUCACAUUCUCUCCCAUCCCUCGCCCCACCUCCGGAAGAAGCUGGCUAGUGCACGGCAGAAGGCAGAACGAACUGUUUUGGGAGAGGAGCGAGUGAUUUAUUCUACACAAAAAGAUGUGGCAGAACAGGAGUUGGAGGAGAGAGAGUGGGAUGCUCGGCUGGACAAGAGGCAACAAUAG